AUGGCUGCCCCCUCCGCCCCCAGCCGUGCAUCCCAGUCCGACCAGCGGGACAUCUACGCCGGCCUGCCGCUCAUUAACAACCAGCGACUGAAGCUCGACACCUCUUCGCCGUUCACGCCCACUUACGUCAAGCGCAACCUCACAGCCUCCUCAGAUCCUUCGCAGACCUACGCCAGCCGCGUCCAAGGCCGCCAGAUCCUACUCGAGAACCCCGCACGCGAGAGCCGGGCGAAGAAGGUCCGCGCCCAGAAACGCGCCGCCCGCGCCACCGCUCCCGCCGCCGCCCACCCGAUAGCGACCGCGACCGGAGGGCCGAGCGAUACCGGGCGCAGGCGGCGCGGCGCGUGGAAGCUGGAGGGGCGGAGACAAAGUGCGGACUGGCUCGGAUGCCCGGGGCGGGCUGCGCGCGUGUUCAACGCUGAUGUCCCUCUCUGCCCGUCUGCCCGCUCUCCAAGACCGUGGCCCCGCCACGCCGCCGCUGCGGCCGCGAUGCCAGGCGCGGCGGGCAUGCACGCCAAGCUCGUCAAGGCCGACUUCCACGGCUCCUUCGUGAUCGUGCGGCGGAGCAAGAAUCCGUGCCUCGUCGGUCUCUCGGGCAUCGUCCUCUUCCUCCGCGUCUUCCCCUGGCCCGCGACGACGAUCCUCGACAUGCCCCAUAUCGAGUUCGAGCUCUACGGGAACCACUUCUGCUACCGAGCCGCAGAACGUGCAGGGAAGAAGUUCAAACACAAGGAGACGAUAGAGCUGUAA